AGUGCCACAACGAGACGCCUCCGUGGCUGGAUGUGCUCGCGCGCGAAUUUUUUCAAACUAAAAUUAAAUAUUUUCACUUGAAAAAAAAAUUCUAAUCAUGAGAAUAGCACAACAGCCAGCAAAAUUUCACCUUCAUUAAAUGUUGAAAAAAAAUCUCGAGAAAAGUUAAAAAGCGCUGAAAGCUCGAUUAAAGCUCUACGCUUUCCGGCAAAAUUUCAAUACAUUUUUUAAUGCAAUCUUGCAAGUUUUUUUUUGUUUCUCUUGUUGGUCAUUGUUACAUCCCUCGUAUAACCCUAUCUGUGGUGUUUUCUUGUGCAUGAGUGUACGCUGUGUGUGGUGAUAUGUCGCGUAGUUUUGAUCAGCAGACAUAGUAACAAAAAUGCCGUGAAAAAAAGUACAUAGUGUCGUUCUGGGGAAUGCGCACCCGUGGUUAUGACUUAUGAGAUUGUCGGUGCAAAUAAUGAGAGUAAAAGUGUUCGCAAAGUGGUUGUCCAGUGCAACGAACGAGAUUUCUUGGUGGUGCAAAAUCACGAGGCAAAUGUGGGCCAGGUGCACCGUGUGAAUUGGACAUUUCCUUCUGGCAUUCACAGCUAUCACCACUAUCUCCGGCAUGAUGGGGAUGCUCCAGCUGUAGACUACAAUGAGUCGAACAUUGGGGAAGAUGUUCUCUUGCCAAAUGACUCAUCAUCUCGGACCUUGACUAUUGCCAGGGACCACAGGCAAACUGCUGAGGGGUCUAUGGGGAUGAAUGUGAACCACCGUACGCCCCAAAUGCAGCAUCACGGCAAUUCAUCUUCGGGCUUCCACAUGAGCCUCUAUGGAUGGCGCAAGAAAUGCCUUUACACGCUAAUAUUUACACUAAUGCUUCUUAUUGUCGUCAAUUUGGGAUUCACCCUGUGGAUCCUCAAAGUUAUGGAAUUUUCAUCGGAGGGCAUGGGCCAGCUGAAAGUAGUCGCUGGUGGUCUUCAGCUCUCGGGUCAGGCACUUGUUCUUGACUUAUUGCGUGCCUCAACGAUCAGGUCACGCCACGGGCAACCCAUUGCCAUUGAAUCAUCACGCAACUUCUCAAUAAAUACUCGCGAUUCCGAGGGUUUCAUUGAGAAUCAAUUGUUCCUGGGUCACGAUCGCGUUGAGUGCCUCGCAAGUGGCUUCCGGGUCACAGAUACGCACGGUGGGAAUCUCUUCGCUGUGGAUCGUGACGAAGUGGCCAUCGGAGCGAAUUCCCUGCGAAUUGACGGGGAGGGUGGGGCCAUUUUUCGGGAAUCAAUUCAAACCCCCCUCGUGCGGGCGGAUGCAGGACGAGAGCUCAGGCUGGAAUCACCCACGAGAUCGCUAGAGAUGCGGGCGUCUCAGGAGAUUUUUAUUCAGUCGCGAGCUGGGAGUUUGGAUGCAACGUGUCUCAAUGAUCUGAAAUUGCACUCAAUAGCUGGAAGUAUUCGCCUCGAUUCUGCCAAUAUCCUGAUGCCCAAUCUCAAAACAGCCCCACCACCCACUGGUCAGGCGCUACCAUCCACACUGAGUGGGCGGCAGGAGCAUCAGAUGCACAACAAGGUGUACCAACUGUGUGCCUGUGCCAGUGGAAAACUCUUCCUGGCGGCCCCGCAUAGUGUCUGUGCCGGCGACGAAUCCACCGUCUGUAGAUGAUUCGGUUUUCUCAUCUCCGGACAUCACCGCCCUCACAGCAUUUUUUCAUGCCACUCACCACACCCCUUUGCCCUUUAGUAAAUAGACUCAAUGGACCGUGCAGAGGAAGUGGAAUAUGUGAGGUAUCUGUUUUUUUUUCCUGAUUCAUCUACCAACUCCUCGUUUUAUAUUACCUUUACAAGUUAUUGUACAUCGCAUGUUGUCUUCAAAUACAGCUAUCUCUUUGUUUUAUCUAGUCUAGGGUAUUUAAGAAAAAUAAAUUACAAAGCUCAUAUAUUUUUCCCUAAAUGAGGGGUUUGUCAAUCCAACAUGAGAAGCUUAUAUUUUUUUUAAUUCAAUUAUUUUUUAAUCCUUCAAGACUGUUUUGCCUCCUUCAUAUCCUUUUGCAAGCUUGAUUUUGUGACCUGUAAAUUUUUUAGAACUUACUUAAUUUAUGUUAAAUUAAUAUUUAUUAAAAAUGUUAUCCCACCCUUUCCUUAAUGUCCCUAAUAUUUAUAAAUAAAUAGAAUAUUUUAUAUAUUUAUUACAUGUUUUUUUAAGACAUUAUUGAAAUAAAAGAAGCAGAUAGAAUUAUUAUUUGUAAUCGAAACUUAACUAAAUUAUUACCCUAAUCCCUAAGUACCUGAUGAAAGAGGCAAACAAAACUUAAUUCUCUUUUUAUGUGUUUACUAAUAGUAUCGAGACAAACGAAAGUGAAUAAACUCCUAUAAUUAUUUUUUUUAUAGAAAGUUUCAUUGAGAUGAAUAAAAGUCCUUGCUAAGUUCUCAA